GCAUCGCUACCCUUCAAAGCCGCAAAAAAAGCCACUUGGAAACCGUUUUCAACAAAAAGCAAGUACAAUUGUUACUAACUGCAAAUUUUUUUUUUUUUUGGGUAAGAUUACUAAUUGCAUUACCGAAGAUAGAAAGAGGGGGAAGCUCGCUCUUCGCCAUAGGAGGGCACUUACAUUGAUCCAUGGCUUCUUCGCAGCUUAUUAGAGCUUCGUUCACAGGUGCUGUUGACAGGCAGCCGUGUGCUCCUCCAAAUGGUAGCUCAUUCGCAUUCCCUAAGCUUUCAUCUCUCACCAUGCUCACUUGGCAGAGACAAACAACUACGACCUCCACUCUCCGGGUCUCAACAAUGGCGAAAAGGAAAACCGAAGAAAUGGCAGUAACCCAGCAAGUUCAAACUAACCCUAGUGGAGGAAAACCCCAAGCAGAAGUGGAGGAGGACUUGCCUUGGAUUCAGGAGAAAGCGAUGGACCUGGUGGAAUUCACGGGAUCGGUAACGCAGGCGAUUCCUGGGCCCAGGGUCGGUAGUAGUUCAUUGCCGUGGAUUCUCGCCUUGCCGUUGUCUUAUGCUAGUAUCACUUUUGUUAUCGCAUUUGUCAAGACUGUCCGGAAGUUCAAUUCGCCUAAGAAGAAAAGGAAAAAAUUGGUGAGUUUCAUUGUUUAUUUUCCAUCUGUUAUUGUUCAAAACUUCAAAUUCAUUGAGUCUAAUGUUUCUAGUGCUUUGCUUACUGCUCUUGAUCCUUAUACUUCAUUUUCUCUGUUUGCUCGAUUGGAUGCCAUUACUUCUCUUUUUGUCUCGUUAGAUCCUGUUUCUCUUCUUAAAUCUUACCAGCAGGCAUGUCGUAUUCCUUGUUGGCAAGAGGCUAUGGACUUAGAACUUAAUGCUUUAGUGGAAAAUGAUACUUGGGAUAUGGUGCCUACUCCUUCGAAUACUCCAGUUAUUGGGUGUCAUUGGGUAUAUUCUGUGAAGCUCAAGUCUGAUGGCUCUAUUGAUAGAUAUAAAGCUCGUUUGUUGCUCCUAAGUUCUUCCUUUAAGAUGAAGGAUUUGGGUCCUAUCACAUAUUUUCUUAGACUCGAGGUUCACUACUUUAAACGGGGUUACUUUGUUAACCAACACAAAUAUGUUCAAGAUUUGAUUAAACUGACCAACUUAACUGAUGACAAGAAAGUGGAUACUCCUGUGGAAGUUAAUGUCAAAUACUUUAAGCGUGCUGGAGAACGUCUUUCUGAUCCUACUAUAUAUCGGCAGUUUGUGGGAAGUCUCAUCUAUCUUACUAUGACUCGCCCAGAUAUUUCUUAUGCUGUCCAUAUUGUUAGCCAGUUCGUUUCGUCACCUUACCAAUUGCACCUCACCGCUGCUCACAGCAUUAUUUGCUAUUUGCGAGAGCCAACACCUCUCUAUGCUAAUAAUACUAGCGCCAGUCGCAUUGCUUCCAAUCCAGUAUUUCAUGAGCGCACGAAGCACAUUGAGGUUGAUUGUCAUUUCAUUUGUGACAAAUAUCUUAAUAACCUUAUUUCUCUUCCCUACAUAGCUUCUACUCAUCAGAUUGCGGACAUUUUUACUAAAGCUAUGUCUUCAGCUCGUCAUUGCUUCCAUGGUGGCCUUUGUAUGGCAGAGGCAUGUUGCUUUAUAUAUGAGGAAUUCAUUUCAUUUUUCGGUUGUGUAUUUUGGCCUUUAUACAAUAGCCUAGUUCAUAGCCAGACAGGUUUUGACAUGGAGGACAUUUUGCGGAAGUACAUUCGGUAUGCUAUGAACGAAAGACCCUUCAAUGCAGACUUGGUUGCAGACCUAAUCCAACUCAGAAAAGCUUCAAUGCUGGAUGAUGCCACGGUUGCUGAAAUUCUAAAUGAGAUCUCAAGGCGAAUUAUGCGAGACAAAGGACCAGUUGUCAUGGAUAUUUCAGGAUACACAGAAAAGGGAUUAAAGCGAAAGCUAGCUGUUCGGGCUCUUUUCGGAAAGGUUCUUUAUUUAUCUGAGCUACCGGAGUUCUGCUCAAGGGAUAGCUCCCUAGUUGUUAAGGAGAUAUUUGGGGUUACAGAUGAAGAUGUAGAUACCCUUCGGAUACAUACUUUUUCUGAGGCUGGGGACAUGGAUUCGAUUCAGAAAAUGGUGGAUGGAUCAGAUCCGGGAGAUACUAGUGAGGGGGCAUCUAAUGGUUCUAGGAAUGACUGAUCAAGUGCUUAGGAUACAUGCGAAGGGGUAAGUGUUAAGAUUAUAGGGUUUAGCUCUACAGAAAAGUCAAAUAGAACUAUAGGAGUUGGAAAAUUUCAGCGAUUCAUUUCCAGGAUAGAUAGAAGUGGGUGGAAAUGAAGUUUUGACAAGGCCUAUUUUCCAUUUCAUUUUUGCAAUAAUGUUUGUAUUCUUUUGCGUAUCCUCACACAUAUAUUUUUGCUGAGAAUUAUUGUUGUUGAUUUAGGCGA